AUGGUCAAGUACUGGGGCCACGUCGUCUCCGAAGACCAGCUCAAUGACGUCCUGGUCGCCGAAGGCAAGGCAGUCACGACCCAGAGAGAAACUCAAUUCUGGCUUCACAUUGACGUUAUGUACCGCGCCAUGAUCAUCGCCAAAGUCCCCGACCCUUCUCCUAGGCGAAUCGUGUUCGACGACGGCAGGCGAGGUUGGAUCUUUGCGUUCAAGGUCAGCAACGCGCUGUACGACGACAAGCUGCCGGAACACGUCCCACGGCAAUCGAAGGAGCAGGUAGAACAAUUGCGGAUCGCCCUCGGAAAGACGAAGAAGCCAGCGUGGUAUAGAGGAUAUGAUUUCGACCCAAAGCUCGAUAGCGGGCCCUGGCUUACGUUUCGUGGGCGCAACGACAGUAGCAUAGGUGACCAUGACUUCCCUUGGGCAGGAUCGCCGAGCUUUACGCCUCCGUCACUCCUCGUUCCAACUCCCAACCCCCUUGCAACCCCCUCUCAAUCCACUCGCAAUCCACCCGCAAUCCACCCGCAAUCCACCCGCAAUCCACCCGCAAUCCACCCGCAGCAUCCCCUCCCAGCAUCUCCUCGCACAUGUGACCAGAAGCAGCGCCGUGCUAUCACGCCGAUUCAAGAAGAACCGCCUGAGCAUAGCGCAGCGACGCCAGCCUAG